UCGCUGAAACAAUCGCGGUAUAAAGGCUGAUCAGCAGCUCUGGUCACGCCUGCAUGCAGGAAGUGGAGAGCCGCCUCACCACAGGCAGGAGCCGCUCUGCGCCGCGGAAGAAGGAGCGACUGAGUAAGGAGGCAGGGGACUCAGCAAUGGAUCAUCAGGACGGUAUGGCGAUCGGCCCUUUCCUCAUCACUGGUGGGGGAGGGUACUUUGGUUUCCGCCUUGCAUGUGCUCUGCAUAGAAAUGGAGCUAAAGUUACUCUGUUUGACAUACGACCGCCAGAUGUCGAGGUCCCAGAUGGUAUGGAGUUCCUGCAGGGAGACAUACGAAUGUAUAAGCAGGUUGAAGAGGUGACGCGGGGAGUAGACUGUGUGUUUCACAUCGCCUCGUUUGGGAUGUCCGGCAGGGAGCAGCUAAACCGGGGGCUGAUCGAAGCUGUAAAUGUGCAGGGGACCGAGCACGUGAUAAAGGCGUGUACGGAGAACAGCGUCCCUCAUCUGGUGUACACGAGCACCUAUAAUGUGGUCUUUGGUGGACAAGUCAUUGAGAACGGAGAUGAGAGCCUCCCAUACCUGCCACUUCACCUGCACCCCGAUCACUACUCGAGGACGAAGUCGCUGGCGGAAAUGGCGGUGUUGAAAGCCAACGGCAUUGCGUUGCGCGAUGGCUCAGGCAUAUUGCGGACAUGCGCCUUGAGGCCAGCAGGUAUUUAUGGGCCUGGUGAACAGAGGCACCAGCCAAGAAUCGUCAGCUACAUCGAAAAGGGCAUCUUCAGAUUUGUGUAUGGGAACGCCAGCAGUUUGGUUGAAUUUGUCCAUGUGGACAAUCUUGUUUCUGCCCACAAGCUGGCUGCUGUGGCCCUCACCUCCAGGGGGCAGCACCGAGCCGCAGGGCAGGCCUAUUUUAUAUCGGAUGGGCGGCCCGUCAACAACUUUGAGUUCUUUAGGCCGCUUGUGGAGGGCCUGGGGUACAACUUUCCAAGGGUGCGCCUGCCUAUAUCCCUCAUUUAUUUCUUUGCAUUUCUCACCGAGAUGGUACACUGCCUGGUGGGGCGUCUGUACAAUUUCCAGCCUCUGCUUACGCGCACCGAGGUCUACAAAACAGGUGUCACACAUUACUUCAGCAUCGCAAAAGCAAAGGUAGACUUGGGCUAUCAACCCAAAGAGUUCAACCUGAAUGAAGUUGUGCAUUGGUUCAGAAGCAGGGGCCAUGGGAAACAGCCAGCCUCUUCCUUUAUGAGAUUUGUCAGGGACAUUGUUCUCGUAAUUUUCGUAUCUGUGGCAAUCCUUUCCUGCCUGCCAGUUGUUGGUGGAUUGCCAGAUAUUUUUUGAUUACAUUUACUUCAAUUGUGCAUCACAUUAGAUCACAUUCAUCUUGGUUUGUGGAAGAUAAAAGAGUAGAGAUUCUUUAUUGAUCUGUCAGAAAAAGGGUACAACCCUGGUACAGUUUUCUUCCCCAAGGUACAAACAGCAAUAAUGUACCUCCAAUGGUACAAAAAUGUUUCUUAAAGUCUAUUUCUGUACCUUAAAAGGUAUAUUUACUUACAGCUAGGAUACAGCCCCAGUAAUAAGUAAUUGAACCAUCAAAGGUACAAAUUUGUACUUUUUUUCUACCAGUGUGGGGAGGUUGUCUUUUUUUCCUACCCUAUCUCGCUCUCCAUGAGACACACCUACACCUAUAUGUGUGAAAUCAAGCUUGGGGGUCACAGUGUAGGGUCAGCCAGCAGGCCGUGCCCCUGGAGCUGGGUUUAUGGGCUUUAUUCAGGGGCCCAAUGGCUGCAUCAUUCUGGUAGCACCAGGAUUAGAACUAGUGAGCAUUUGAUCAUGUGCACAAGUCCUAACCCACUGAGUCACCCCCCCAAUAGCUAAUUCAGUAACUAAGGUGAUGCAGUUUAGACAGCCUUUCUUCAAUCAGUGCUUCGUAUGACAAAAAGUUUCAAUAGUUAACAGCUGUUCACAGUUAGUGUUCUAUGAAGGGUUCCCACAGUUAGUGUUUUAUGAAGGGUUCCUUUGUAUGCCUUGUUAUAUUGUUAAGUAUUUAAUGUUUGGCAGUGGACCACAAACAGUUCUGGUGUGUUCAUACAAACUAACAAUAAAGUGAGUUUGGAUUCUGA